AUGUCUGGCCGUGGCAAGGGUGGCAAGGGUCUCGGAAAGGGUGGUGCUAAACGACACAGGAAAGUUCUUAGGGACAAUAUCCAGGGUAUCACAAAGCCUGCUAUACGCCGACUUGCUAGACGUGGUGGCGUGAAGCGCAUUUCCGGACUUAUCUACGAGGAGACCCGUGGGGUCCUCAAAGUCUUCUUGGAAAAUGUAAUCCGUGACGCUGUCACCUAUACCGAGCAUGCAAAGCGCAAAACUGUUACCGCCAUGGAUGUUGUCUACGCCCUUAAACGCCAGGGCCGCACUUUGUAUGGCUUUGGUGGUUAA